UCGUUUACCUUCUGAGUGGAAGCUCGUUCAACUUUCAGACGUUCGCCAAGCUCCAAGGUGUACGGUCGACCUGGGUUAAACUAGUGCAAAAUGAGUCGUCUAUUAAUCGGGUUCGUAGCGCUCAUCGCGCUCUUUGGCUUCGGUGCUGUGAAUGCACGUAAGGGUUACGGCCCUGGUGAACAGGAUUGGGGUUUUGUGGAUGUGCGCAAGGGAGCUCACAUGUUCUACUGGCUGUACUACACCACCGCCAAUGUAUCCAGCUAUACACAACGUCCAUUGGCCAUUUGGUUGCAGGGCGGACCAGGUGCCUCAUCCACAGGCUACGGCAACUUUGAGGAGUUGGGACCUUUGCAGCUGGAUGGCAGCUACCGCGAGUGGACCUGGGUGAAGGACAUGAAUGUUAUAUUCAUCGACAAUCCGGUUGGCAGUGGCUUCAGUUAUGUGGAUGGCUCAGCCUAUUACACAACGGAUAACAAACAAAUCGCUUUGGAUCUGGUUGAAUUCAUGAAGGAAUUCUAUGUACGUCACCCGGAAUUCAAAGCAGUUCCCCUGCACAUUUUCUGUGAGAGUUAUGGUGGAAAGAUGGCACCGGAAUUCGCUCUGGAGCUGUACCAUGCCAUACAACGACGAGAGAUUGAGAGCAACCUGGUUUCGGUAGCCCUGGGUGAUCCCUGGACUUCCCCCAUUGACUCGGUUCUCUCGUGGGCACCGUUCCUGCUGCAGCUGGGCAUUGUGGAUCAGAAUGGGCACGACAAAAUUGAGGCCGCCGCAUUGAAGACCAAGAACUACGUCGACACUGAGAAAUGGACAAUGGCUACGUUGCAAUGGAGCGCCACUCAAUCUGUGGUGUUACGUGAAUCAAAGGGCGUCGAUUUCUACAAUGUGGAGACUCCAACUCGUGGCGAUAGGUACUUGAGGCAACUGGAUCUAAUGAGUCCCGAGGAGCGCAUGUACCGCACCCUGGUGCACUUCGAUAUCGAUGAGAAUCGCGAUAAAAUUCUAUCGGAGCUGAUGAGGGGUCCAGUUACAAAAGCCUUGAACAUCACCACUGGCGUCAAGUGGGGCGCCCAGAGCAGCACCACAUUUGACAAGCAGCGGGGUGACUUCAUGAAGCCAGUUGUGCACAUUGUUGAGGAGCUGCUUAACAAUACCACACUCAAAGUGGGCGUAUUUUCGGGUGGAUUGGACCUGAUUUGUGCCACACCCGGAGCCGUUAACUGGAUUGCUGACAUGGAAUGGAACAACAAGAAGGCGUAUUUGUCUGCUCCCCGUGUGGGCAUUACCGUAGACCGCGUGCUGGAGGGUUACGAGAAGACAGCCGGUAACUUUAGCAUGUUCUGGGUCAAUCGGUCGGGUCAUAUGGUGCCCGCUGACAACCCACAAGCCAUGUCACAUAUUCUGCGCUAUUAUACCAAAUUCGGUUAGGAAUUUGUAAAAAUUAUAUCGAAAAUAAACUUUAAUUAAAUUGCAUUAA